AUGGCUUCUCCUUUUUCUUCCCUUUUAUCAAACACUCCUUCUUUUUCUUCUUGGUCUUCAUCACCUUCUGUAACGAUAACAAGUGAAGAGUUUAAUGCUUUUCACAAAAUUGACAGAACUCUAUUCACCCGUCUUGUCUUUGAUCUAAACCGAGACAUGAUCGAAUCGAUUCAACUGAUUGGUUUUCUCUUCUUGCUUGAACAAAACCAUUACGCUCGUAACUUAAUCUCUUCUCUUGUCUCAUCACCAGACGCAUUCAUCGAUGCGGUGGCUAAGCAAACCCUUGUUUGCUUAAGUUUCUUAUUCCACAAAGAUUACUAUGCAUUUAUGUUCGUAGAUCCGAACAACAACAAUAACGACUAUGAUCAAUCGCUUAUACCUUUGAUCAUACGAAUUACUGGAGGCAGGCUUGGUCUCAAUGUUAUCAACCAAAACCGCAAAAGUUUACUCCGUGGAUUGACAAGCAUUUUGAUUGAUGUCUGUGACCGAGCUUUCGAAGAUCUAUGCGAGAGAGCGGAGAGGGAUGAAAAGGAGAAGAUCUUGGCUAUGGGAAGAGAGAAAGCCAUUGAGAAUUUGAAGAAAGUCGGGUUAGGUGUUCCACAAGCUUGUAGGUCAAGUGUUCAACAAGUAAGGGUUCCUACUCCUCCUCCUGUUGAAGAAGAAUCAAACAAGGUGGUGGAAGACACGGCGGCAGAGGAGGAGGAGGCAGUGAUUGCGGCGGAUGAUAGGACGGUUUUUCUGACGUUUUCGAAAGGAUAUCCGAUUUCCGAAGAGGAAGUUAGGGUUUUUUUCAKGAGGAGAUUUGGGGAAGUGAUAGAAGAGAUAGUGAUGCAAGAAGUGGAAGAGAAUGAGCAGCCAUUAUAUGCGAGGAUGGUGUUGAAGAUGUYUUAUGUGUCGAAGAUGGAACAGYUUGRGCGUSGAAGAAGUAGAAACAAGUUCACUAUUAAUAUUAACCGGAGAGCAAAAGUAAAGCCUGAUCAAGACUGCCUUAUCCACGUUUCUCAGGUUAAUCAAUCUCUUGACAAAGGUAAAAAGGGAGAUUCUGUGCUCUUAUAUGUGACGGUUGAUGGGAAGAAACUCGUCAUUGGAACUCUUUCGCAAGAAAACAUCCCUCAAGUUACCUUUGAUCAUCUCAUCUUUGAGAAAGAGUUUGAGCUUUCCCAUAGCUUGGAGAGAGGAAGUGUCCAUUUCAUUGGCUACAAAUCCCACAUCAUCGACCAAUAUCUUCAUGUUGAUUGUGUUUCCACGGAGAAGGAUUCAGAGGAUGAAGAAGAGGAAACCUCUAAGCAUCCAACAAGAAGAGGAAGGCAAAACCAGCAGCUACUCCUCAAAGGACGUGUGAAAGAUUCUUCGGUCUUGUGUUCUUGA